UAAAAUGGAUUGCGAAGAUAUGCAAAUGAUUAUUACAGAAGAGCCAAAUUUGUCGGAACGCAAAGAAGGCGGAAAACGAGGACGUAAGCCAGGACGUAAGGCUUCGAAUGAGAAAGUCGACAUCAAAGCUAAACUUGAACGUAGUCGACAAAGCGCCCGAGAAUGCCGUGCACGUAAGAAGUUACGAUAUCAGUACUUGGAAGAGUUGGUGGCUGAUCGAGAGAAAGCUGUAUUAGCAUUGAGAGCGGAAUUGGAUCGUUACAAACAAUGGAGCUAUGAAUUAGGCGAAGGUCGUAUUCCUAACGGGUUUCAACAGCUGUUAGAGGAUUCUGGAAUUCUUAAACAGGAAAUAUCGUAGUUAUUA